AUGAAGACAGCUUUUCCUCUCACCCUCGCUAUCGCUAUCGGAUCGGCUACUGCAUUCGCUCCUUCUCAGAAAGCUUUUGUAGCUUCGUCGACGAGCCUUGCUGCUGAAAAUACGCGGAAAGAGUUCCUCACACAGGCGGCACUUUUGACGGGAGGGUUCCUUUUCUCCCCCAGCCAAGCCAUGGCCGCCAAAUACGGAAGUUUCGGUGCCGGAUCUCCGGAAGUCUUGGACCCGACCACGGCCGAGAUAGACACCGAUAUUCUGGCCUCUUCAGCCGUGCAGGGCGCUUUGAAAAAGGUGGAAGGAUACCGCUCAAUUGUUAAGGAUAUGCAAAAGGCGUUGGAAAGCGACGGCCAGGCGAACCUACGUCCGAUUAUCAUAAAAAAUCUUGAUUUUGCGAAAAUUCGCGAUACCAUGAACACUCUGAACACUGCCUUUGAAGAGGACACCCAGCGAGGGACCGACCGACUAAUUCGUGUCAUCUUGCAGGAUAUAACCGAGUUGGAACAGGCCAACUUACAAAAGGAUGGUAUCCCUCGCAGUCCCCGUCGACUUGAAAACUUGCAGGGAAAGCUUGUCAAAUUGGAUCUAGCCUUUGAAGACUACCUUGCCUUUGCCAAGUGA